AAUGGAGUAAAGACGCGAAGGAGAGUAGCAAGGUGCAGCAGUCGAGAAUGGAGAGGGGGGAGCAGAGCGAGUACCCAUCAAGUCUGGCACUCAUGGACAGCAGUGACCCACGCGCCUGGCUGGCUCCCGUGCAGCCUGCUGGCACCUGCGCGGCACACGCCGAAUACCUGCUGCACUCGCCCAGCUCCAGCAUGUCCCCCGCAUCCGGUCACAGCCCAAACUUUAGAAAAAGUUCCAAGAGCCCGCUCAAAGUGCGGGAGUUGUGUCGGCUCAAGGGUUCGGUGAGCACCGAGGAUGGCAGACAGAGAGCCCCAUCCAAACCUGGCAACGGAGUCCAGAAGCAGAGGCGCCAGGCUGCCAAUGCGCGGGAGAGAAGACGGAUGCAUGGACUGAACCAUGCCUUUGACGAGCUGCGCAGUGUCAUCCCUGCUUUCGACGACGACAAGAAGCUUUCCAAAUACGAUACCCUGCAGAUGGCCCAAAUCUACAUCAACGCGCUGGCGGAUCUGCUGCAGGGUCCCGGUGUUGACUCGCCAAAGUGUGACCUGUUGUCCGCCAAGGAGAGUCCCCGGGGAUCCUCCUCAUCCACCUGCCGAAGGGGCUCAGGCACGGGGCUACCAGUCCAGUUUAACGGAAUCCCAUUCCCCUUCGAAGACGGCUCGUUCUCUGCUUUGAUGGAGCAGGAGAUACGCUCUCCCUCGGGGACACCUACUUCCGACUUGGAGAGCAGAAAAGACUCCCCCCGGUCCAACCGCAGCGACGGAGAGUUCUCCCCGCACUCUCAUUUCAGCGACUCAGAUGAGAUGCAGAUGGAGCUCCAGAGCGAAGACGAACUAUCUGAACUCAAACUUCCCAGCCAUCACUCAUUUUGAAACUUCACCAGAGACUUUCUAAUCGUGUCAAUAAUAUCUGAUGCUAGCAUAGCCUACAUUUUAUAAUAUGAUAGAUUGGGCUUUCCGAAAUCGUUUUGUUUCGUUUGAGAGCUUCUAUUUUAUUAACUGUUAGAUAAAGAUGAUUUUAUGU